GGAAGAAAGUACUUUCCCCUUCUCUCAUCUUCUAAAACAUAUACACCAAAGAAUUCUUUUAAUAUACAGUAUCAGAGAAAAAAAAAAAAAACGUUCUGAAUAAUGGAAGAGCAGGAAAUGCAGCUGAAAGUUAAACGAGUUACAGAUAAAUUUACAGAAAGCAUGUAUGUACUUGCUAAUGAACCAUCUGUGGCACUGUACCGCUUGCAGGAGCAUGUGCGGAGAUCAUUGCCAGAACUUGUCCAACACAAGACAGACAUGCAGGGCUGGGAGGAGCAGAGUCAAGGAGCAAUAUACACUGUGGAAUAUGCUUGCAGUGCAGUGAAAAGUAUGACGAACAGCACCUUGUACUUCAAAAGUAUUGAAGGGCUUCUCCGAGAAACUAUUGGCAUAAAAGACCAAAUGAACUCCUCUCAGGGGCGCAGUGACGUGAGCAUGUGUGAAAACCCCACUGUUCCUCCUCUUCCACCAUCACAACCCCCUUCCUCCUCUUGAAUUUUGGACUUGAUGUUGAAAUUCUGCUGGGCCUGUUCCUGUCAGGAAACGAACAACGGAUGCUAUUGUGCAGAGGGACUUGGGAGACCGGCACAAUGCAGGACCGAGCUGAGCUGUCAGAGGAGAUCCCCAUUGAGAGAGGUGGUAGACAUGUCAUGGUGGGAGGUGUGGCUCCAGAAUGCAGUUUUGCAUAUAAGGGCAGAAACUUCCUGUGAGCCAGCAAAGACUGUACCAGAAGGCAAUGCUCACUCUUUAUCUAAGUUAAAUGACAAACCAGGAUGUAAUUCAUUAUACAAUGCAGAAUGUCUGCUUCUGCCCUCAUCUAUUUCAUUGCUAUAGUUCUGCUGUAUUUCAAUGCCACCACCCCUUUCUAUGAAUGCCUGAAAAGUAUUUGGAUUUAAAUUAAUAAUUACUGGACUUUUAGAAAUAUCAAAAUAAAUGUCAUUUUGAUUGGGCUAUAAAAUGACUCUGCUAGGAGAUAUAGAAAUGAGCCUUCAUGCCCCUAACUGGUGUUGGGAUCUGACAGCUGCACAUAGGAUUCCACCAUAUCCAUGUAUUUUGACUUGUUUGUCUGUUUCACAAAUAAAAAGGUUGUAUUA